GAUAUCAAUGCCAAAGUGACGUGUAAUGUGUGAAUGUGUAGUCGUUGACGAUUGGUCGAUUGUUAUCCAUUGUAGACACUAGUGUAGUGCGUAUUCAUAAUCACCUAUACCUCUAGAACCUCAAAUUCACUGUGAAAAAAAAAAGCAUUUUUAAAACAGUUCUCAUCAUUUGAAUAAAAACUCACGAAAAAGUCCCCGUGUAAAUCAAUCACUGACUUGGAAAUUGUAGGUGUAAAAAUGUUAAAUUAUUUUAUACUAAUAUGGCUAUCAGCGGUAUUGUUAUCAUUGGAAUUGAGCCACGUAGCCGGUACACAAGUACCGAGAGUCCGUGGUGUGCCCAUAUCAAAGACAUCACUCUAUGAUCCCGAGCGUGACUUUGAAUGCCUCGAUGGCAGUCGAAGGGUGCCUUUUAAUCGGAUUAACGAUGAUUAUUGCGACUGCGGUGAUGGGAGUGAUGAACCUGGCACAGCGGCGUGUCCCAACGGUCAUUUUUACUGUGAGAAUGCGGGCUUCGAGGGCCUGUUUAUUCCCUCGAGUCGUGUCAACGAUGGAAUUUGUGAUUGUUGUGAUGCCAGUGAUGAGUAUGCCUCAAGUGCCAAAUGUUUCAACAAUUGCCACGAGCUGGGCCGAGAGGCUAGAGCUGAAGCAGAGCAAGCAGCCGAACUCGCCAGGGAGGGUAACCAAAUUCGUCUCGAGAUGUGCGUCGAGGGGAAGAGGCUCAGAGGCGAGAGGACCUCCAACCUCGCCAAGCUCAAGGCUGAUUACCUGGAGGCUGAAAUGAUAAAGAAGGAGAAGGAAAUGGUGAAGAACCAGGUAGAAGAGAGAGAAAGACUCGCUUUGGAAAAUUACAAACCAGUCGAGGCUGGUGAGACGGUGCCUAAAUCCAGCCAACAGCCAAGAGAGCUUGAGGCCGGGGAGUACUUCAAAAUCCUCGACUCCGAUGACAGUGGCACAGUCACGCUUGCUGAGAUCCAGGCUAGGGUGAUCUUUGAUAAGGAUGACAAUGGCCUCGUUACUCAGGAGGAGGCUAUGUACUUCCUCGCCAAGAGAGAUGAGCUCAACUUGGACGAAUUUCGGGAAAAGGCCUGGCCAAACAUCAAGCCAUUCCUCUUGAAGGAAGAGAAUAUUCUCCCGCCCGCAAGUGAAUUUCUAGGUGGUGAGCAUGCAGAAAUUCAGCAUCGGGGAGGCGAGGAUCACGAGGAUCACGAGGAUCACGAAGAUCACGAAGAUCACGAAGAGCAUCGGGAGCAUGAGGAGCAUGACGAGCAUGAGGAACACGAGGAACAUGAAGAGCACGAGGAGGAGAAUCCCGAGGAAGUGGAGAUAGAGAAAGAGCAGGAGCCAGAAGUGAAGUAUGAUGACGAGACCCAGGCUUUGGUGGAGGAGGCUAACGAGGCGAGAAACCAGUACCAACAGGCUGAGAAGAACAUUAUGGACAUUCAGAACGAAAUUAGAGAGCUGGAGGGAAAAGUGGAGCGUGAUUACGGUCCCGACGAAGUAUUUGCUUCUCUGGAUGGACAGUGCUAUAAGCACACAGACCUCGAGUAUGUAUACUCUAUGUGUAUCUACGGGCGAGCCACCCAGAGCGCUAAAUCUGGGGGCAGUGAGGUCUACCUGGGACACUGGUCUCAAUGGACUGGUAUCGGACCUAAAAAGUACACCGAAAUGAAGUUCGAGAAGGGACACACAUGUUGGAAUGGACCAGCUCGCACUGCCACUGUUCAACUCCGAUGUGGCAAAGAGAACAAACUUAUAUCAGUUUCUGAACCCAAUCGAUGUGAAUACGCCAUGAUAUUCACCACUCCGGCCCUCUGUGAUCCAAAUGCAGAAGCCAAUAACAGGCAUGACGAACUCUAAGUUAUCUUAUAAUUUUCACAAAUUAGCUCACAAUUGUAGUAUUUAAUAUCCAGGGUUUUUGUCGCAUGUCAUAGUAUCUUGUAUUCUUGAAAAAUUUUCACUGAAUUUAGCAACUUUUCGUAUUGAAUUCAAUCAACUCAUACUUGAAUAAUUUAUGAUAUUUCAUCAUUUCUAGCAUAGAAGACGGUAUAAUAAAAUCGAGUAUUUGUCAAUAAUUCAUACUAUAUAUUUUUGUGAACGGCUGUAAUAAGCCGGAAGAAAAAAAAAAUUGUUUUCAAAUUUUUUGAACAUUUUUACAGGAGAAUACAAAGCAUAUUUUGCCAUGUCAUAAUUUUUUAAAUGAUCCACUGAAUUUUUCAAUUGCGACCCUUACGGUGGAAUAGUAAAAUUUGAGAAAAUCUUUUGCCCAGAGUGCCUAGUGAGUUAAAUCCUCAAUCACAGCUCAAUAUCCUUCUGAUUCAAUGGGAAAAAUUGAAAAUUCAGUCGAUCACCUUUGGAGCAUUAUUCAUAGUGAUGUCCACCUAUAGAACAAAGUAUUUUUCCCACUGAAAAAUCGAUCGUAAAACUUAAAUCAUUCGACAAUUGUUGUUAUAUGUCAUUAAUGCGAUUACCGGAUCCACUCUGUUACAUUCCUCUUUUGUAUAUUUAGAGGAGCAAAUUCUAGGGAAUAAUAAUAUCCAGAAGAGAAUAAACGAAUGAAUGAGUGAGUUUAAUAAUAAUUAAGGUCCAGUGAUAUUGCAUUAUUUUUGGUUCUCGUGAGAAAAAAAAAUAUUAUAAUUUUUCGUUAAACCCCGUUGAGUUUAGGGAAUGAGCGAAGAAUUGCUGCAUAAUACUGUAAUUUGGUAUUUUGUAUUUUUUUAAAUGUCUCAGUGUUUCAGAGUGGUGCUCAGCGUCUGGAAGGCCCUGAAAUAAAGAUUGAAUUGAGAA